GGGAAGACGCCGCGUAGCUAGAGAGAGAGAGAGAGAGAGAUUAAAAAAAAAAGGGGGGGUUGGAGGAAAAAGCAGUAAGAAUAUACAAGGAGUAAAGGCGUUUUUCUUUCGAGAUUGAGGCCGUCCUCGCGUGUCUGACUCCAGCUGUCCUCCUCCGCCGCUCAGCUGCUCCGUUAUGUCGGAUAAACAUGUCAGGGAAUGGGGGGAAAUCUUCUGAAAUCAUGCUGCUAAACUGCGCUGGGCUGUCGGGGUUCAAGAAUACCCUGGAACAUUAAGAGCUGAAAACUAGAGAUGGUGUUCAUGUAAGGGGGCUUUUUUUUUCUGAGCCCAAGUCGUCGUGCACUCCCAGGCCACGCUCAAAGUUUUUUUUUUUCUUUUUUUUUUUUUUUUUUGGAGAAGGGGGAAAUUUUGCUGCAUUGAAUUCCUCUGGACGGGAUGUCAUCCGCAGUCAGGGGGGAGUUCCUGAGGCUGACUGAUCCUCCGGCUGCACUGAAGCGAGAGGGAGAGAGAGAGAGAGAGAAGAUGGGAGAUGCUGCAGAUGACAGGGGGAUGAGACCGACCUUCAUCGUCCCUGCCAUCAAAAGCUUCGAUCACUACGACUUCACCAGGGCCAAGAUAUCCUGCAGCCUGACGUGGCUCGUGGCCAAGGCUUUCGGCUCGGAUGCAGUACCAGAGGAGCUGGUGGAACCUCUAUACAGGGACCAGUACAACCAGGAGCACCUGAAGCCUCCUGUGGCGUGCCUGCUCCAGUCUGCAGAGCUGUACUGCCGGGCAGGGAGCCUCAUCCUCCGCAGUGAUGCUGUCAAACCUUUACUGGGUCACAACGCCGUCAUCCAGGCCCUGGCCCAGAAAGGCCUGUAUGUCACAGACCAGGACCGACUGGUUACUGAGAGAGACCUCACUAGCACGCCUAUACACAUGAGUUCCCACCUGGCGCUCAUUGACACCCUGAUGAUGGCGUACACUGUGGAGAUGGUGAGCGUGGAGCGGGUGAUGUCCUGCAUCAACAGGUACUCCUCCGCUGAUCCCUCACACAGCGAAGGAAACGUUCAGGAGCUGCCUUAUGACACAGAGGACGCGAUCACAACCUGGAUCAACAAGGUGAAUGAACACCUGAAGGACAUCCUUGUGGAGGAGCAAAAGCUGAGAGAGGCUUCUUACCAGGAUUCAAAUUCAACAACACAUAAAGCUCGCUACAGGAAGGAGCACGCUCAGCAGAGGAACACUCCGUCACUCCCCCUGGUGGAGAACCUGCUGAAGGACAAUACGGACGGCUCUGCCCUGACCACCCUGCUGCACUUCUACUGCCCACAGGCCGUCAGACUGGAAGAUAUCUGCCUCAAGGAGACUAUGUCUUUGGCUGACAGUCUGUACAACCUCCAGCUGGUGCAGGAGUUCUGUAGGAACAACCUCAACCACUGCUGCCACUUCAGCCUGGAGGACAUGCUCUACGCACAUGCAUCCAUAAAGAGUAACUACCUGGUAUUUAUGGCUGAGCUUUUCUGGUGGUUUGAAGUGGUGAAACCCUCAUUUGUGCAGCCCAAAGUCUUUGAUCCAAAUGCAUGUGAGCUGGUAUCAUCCUGCAGAAAUAUGGCUCCAGUGUCCAGUCCAGUCAAACAGAGCUAUGCAGACAACGCUGACAGAUCAGACAACAUUCCUGCAGAGGGUAUAAUGAAAAGAUCUACUUCCAUGUCCUACGUGGAUGGCUGUGUCGGGACAUGGCCCAAAGAGAAGCGCUCCUCCGCUCGGGGAAUCUCCUUUGAGAUCCCUCUGGACGGAGACCCAAUGAUACCUGCCUGUGAGGUUCCCUCCCGUGGUAUGACCCGCUCUGCCAGCAGUGACGGUCUCGGGUUCAAAGUUCACUUUACACCUCGAGGGGGCAUGAAGCGCCACCUCUCCCUCAUGCCUGUCAGUGUAAACGGCCAGAGCAAACACAUACCAGAGGAGGAUGAGGACUUCAUCUCCCAUAAGCCUCUAGGGCGGAACAACACAUUUUCACUCAAGAAUCAAAGCAGGUACUCUAAUGGACUCCCAGACAGCAACCACAGCCCCAGUAAUCACCAUGGCAACCACAGCAGCCACAUCAGCCCAUCAACUCCUCCGAGCAUCGAGGAGGCUUUGAAGAUAAUACAUGACACAGAGAGGCCCCAUGCCAGCCUCGGUGUUGGGGAUGGAGACAAUGGAUUCUUUCUCCACGGUGCAGAGCCGUCAGACCCUCAAGGUGCUCAAGGUCAAGAAGAUGACCCGGGUUUAGCCAAGGCUCAAAUGAAUGAACAUGACCCCAACUCUGUGUCCACGGAUGAAGUGGACACGGGAAUCCACGUGAGGACGGAGGACAUCCAGAGCUUGGAUGAGGACUCCUCCUCGCUCAGAGACUAUUCAGACAUGGACCCGGACUGUGAGGCUAUGACUCGGUCAUGCCCUCUGGUGGACCAUCAGGUGAGAGAGAAGAGCAGGGGCGGUGGGAGGGAAGAACCCCAUGAUGCAGAUCCCGAGAGUGAGAGGAGGGGAGAUGGAGGUGACAGGAGCAGCCCUUGUCCCAGUUCAGCACACACACUCCCCAGGUCUCACACAGCCAGCCCUGUCUCGUCCUCUGGAGGCUCUGGAGGCGGGAUGAUCCGUAUGACGAGCUUCGCAGAGCAAAAAUUCAGGAAGCUGGAGGGGAGGAGCAGUGGAGGAACCACGCCGGAGAGUUCAGAUGUCAAUGUGCCGUAUACACAGCAGCCAAGAAACAUUUCACCUCAGAUCUCUACACCUCCUCUACCUAUCACAUCUCCCUCUACAGUCAAGCCUUCCCAUAGAGACCCCUCACACCUGAUAGCCACAGAGAUGAUUCAACUGAGAAUGAAGCUUGAAGAGAAACGGAGAGCCAUUGAGGCCCAGAAGAAGAAAGUGGAAGCAGCUUUUACCCGCCAUCGUCAGAAGAUGGGCAGAACAGCUUUUCUGAAUGUAGUGAGGAGAAAAGGAGUCACUGCCCCGCUGAGCCCCAGUUCAGGUGGAGGAGAAACACCUUCUCCAGAGCCACAAAUGUCCUCAAAGGAAAGCAGCCAGGGCAGCAUAGAGCGUGCAGAGAGAUGCAAACCAGAUGGAGCCGCUCCUAAAUCCCCCUGUGAGGAUGGUGGAGGUGUGACUCCAGGGGAAAUCGACCUUGCAGAUUACACACGCUCCAUCGAGAGGCUGAACACAUCACUGAGCUUCCUGCAGACUGAGAUGCAGCGUCUGGCUCAGCAGCAGGAGAAGAUCAUGGCCAUGAGAGAGCCACAGCAACAAGCCUGGGUCAUCCCCCCUCCGGCCCCCUCUCCACACAGGCAACUCCGUGAGUUGCGUAGCAGCAGUGUAACAGGCCGUGGAUCAGGACGAGGCUCUGUUGGGUCUUUAUCUCCCAUCCUUUCCUCUUCUGGCUCUCCACACGCUCCCAAUCGUUCCCCUGCUGGCAUUAAGCGCCGGCCUGCUUCCUUCCAUGCAAGGACACCUCGGACUCCAAGACCUAAUGAUCUUAAGGUCACACCUUUCAGCCGAAUGCUCAACACCCCCACCUCUGUGGACAGUCUGCCCAGACUGAGACGGUUCAACUCCAGCCAAUCUCAAAUCUGCUCUUUUGCCUACAUGGGCAACGAUGACUCAUCAGGGGAGAGCAACAACCAAGACAGCAAGAUCGACAAGGAAAACGCUGAGGACAGAGACGAGACAGAGGCAACGACGAGUGCUGGCACUCCUCAGCCAUCUGGUAAAGAAGCAGCCAAAGGGAAAGAAGAAGUGAGGCAGGAGGAAGGAAAACAGACAGAGCAGGCUCAGUCGCAGGGUGAAGUCAAGCCAACGAGGUCAUCGGAGGUGUUGCGUCAACCGGUGUCUGACCUCCAAGCACCCACAAGCAGCCAGAUCAAGGGAGACCCCCAGGACAGAAGAGACCUGGUAGAGGUUCCUCUGUCUGAACUGAAAGCACCAGUAGGUCCAACUCAGGGUCAGGAGAUGACAGGAGAGGGAGAGGGAGAGGCAGGAGGAGACACCUAUGGAGAGGACCAGAAGAUGUGCUGUGGAUUCUUCUUCAAGGAUGAUGGGAAAGGGGAAGACGACAUGGCAGCAAAGAAAGCCGCUCUGCUGGAGAAGAGACUGAGGAGGGAGAAGGAGACACAGGAAAAGAAGCAACAGCACGAGCUGGACCAGGAGCAGAAGAAGGGAGCUGCACGGUUGAAAGCUGAGGAGCAGCAGAAGAAGAAGGAUGAGGAGAAGGACAGGAGGGAAUAUAUCAGGAAUGAGUUUUUGAGAAAGAAGCAGCUCAAGCUGAUGGUGGACAUGAACGACGUCAUAAAACCUCGAUCUGGAAGUCUGAAGAAGAAGCCGCGGCCCAAAUCCAUCCACAGAGACGUCAUGGAGUCAUCCACUCCUCCUGUGAGAACAACAGGAGUGCGUCCUCGAGGAUUCUCUGUAUCAAGUGUUUCUUUGGCCUCUCUAAAUCUGGCAGACAACGACAGAGACCAGCCAAAUAACAAGAAGAACAACAGAGGCAAUAAAAUUGCUUUUGCAAAUAUCCCGUUCUUUCUAAGCUCUCCUAAAGAAAGAAAGGGAAGGCCGGACUCUGCAGAAGGUUUCUCCUCGUGCCCUUCGACUGGUAGUCAUAACGGAGAGAAGGAUUGGGAAAAUGAUUCCACCACCUCCUCCACUCCCUCUAACGCUGAGUACACAGGACCCAAACUUUACAAGGAGCCGAGCGCUAAAUCCAACAAACACAUCAUCCAGAAUGCCCUGUCCCACUGCUGCCUGGCUGGCAAGGUCAAUGAAGGGCAAAAGAACAAGAUACUGGAUGAAAUGGAGAAAUCUGAAGCCAAUAGCUUCCUGGUGUUGUUCCGUGACUCUGGCUGCCAGUUCAGGUCCGUGUACACGUACUGCCCUGAAACAGAGGAGAUCAUCAAACUUGCUGGCAUCGGGCCAAAGAGCAUCACCACCAAGAUGAUCGAGGGCUUGUACAAAUACAACUCGGACAGGAAGCAGUUCAGCCUGAUCCCUGCCAAAACAAUGUCCGCCAGCGUGGACGCCAUCACCAUCGCCAGUCAUCUGUGGCAAACAAAGAAGCAGGGUACGCCAAAGAAACUGCACCCAAAGUAGAUUUGGACUGAAUAAUUUAGUCCCACUGUAAGAAAUCACAACUGGAAUGUGGAACACAAGCAGGCCUCACAGACACUGUUACACACAGAGGUGACUGUUACACUCUGGACUACUUCAAUUUUGGGCACACCUGUGUGCUUGUCAGCAUGUGUUUCAAUGUUCUCCUGUGCCAAAAAAAGAAGAAAACAAUAGGCGGGCCGAUGCCUUACAUAGUUGAACCACUGAAGCAGUGAAUGUCACGCCUUUGACAGAGGCGCUUUGGUUUCUUUAAGUUGUUCAUGUGUGGCCUUAUGCUUGUUUUGUGUCAUAUGGAUGUGCCGUGAGUGUUGGUGUCAUUUCAUUAGCAUCUCUUGAACAAGUCUGUUGUACUUCAUGUAAGGUUGUGUGUAACUACAGGUCUCAGAUCAGAUAACAUUCCUAAAGCCCAGGGUGUGUGUCUGAUCUGGGAUCAGGUGGAGGCAGCAUUUUGGACGAGUUUUAUUGAGCUUCUCUUGAGGCAUGUUUUACUGUUUUUUUUUAAUAUGUGACUGAAAAAACAGAUUUGUGUAUGUGUGUGUGUAAAGUGAAGUGCCAAUGAGACUGAGGACAAAACCUCAGUUUGUGAUUGCAGUUACUUUCCAAAAGAGGGGCUGAUUUUGUGGAGUAUAUGAAAUGCCAUCGAACAGUUGUGGAAAGCAGCUGCAACAGACUCUUAAUUUAUUUCAUUUUGAUAAUGCUUUGGAUAUAUUUUAAAAGUCAUAGUAGAUUUUACUCAGAGACACAGAAAAUACUACAGGAUUAUAAGUUUUAAUAAGUUUGUAUAUGAUGGCAGAUCCAUUGAAAAUGAACAAGUCAGCUUGUAGUAGCGUUUCGAGUAGCUUUAACAAGUUAUCGUGUGUGUGUGUGUGUAUCAGUGUGUUUGUCCUAUGGGGCCUUUUAUUGUGCUAAAAAUGCAAAGAGUGUGAGCACUCCUCAGUGUCACUGAGAAGACUAUCAUCAGUAGUAUAGAUAGAUUAAACACCGACACUUUGUCAUCACUCUGUGCAAUUUAAAAAUCACCAUUGAGGAUGUUUCAGUUGAAACUCACUCAAAAUGCCACUUUAAUGAGGAUUUUGUCUUAAAUAGUAGAUUUCGAUUUACCCUCAAAGUCGUCCACAAUUGUAAAUAAAUGAACUCACAAAUGAUAGCACUUCAGGACCUUGUCCACUGUUGUUUCCACUUCAUGAUGGUCCCAAUUGCUACUUUGUUUUUACAGUUCUGUUACAUUUUUCAUCAUGUUUUCCUUCAGUAUGUUUUUGACACUGUACAGAUAUAUUUUGGCAUAUAGAAGUAUUUUUUGUAAUGACAUUUACCUGUUGAACGUGUGUAUUCAUGAAGCCGUACGGCUGUGGAAGGAAGUGUGUUGAAAGCAAAUUGUAACCGAUGAUGCAAGGUAUAUGAAGUCUUACUGAAGCUUUAUUGUAGUAUUGUAUGAAAUCCAUUAAGUAUAAUGAAAAGAGCAUAGUAUUUUUCCCAACUCUGAAUUCAUUUUUUAAUUUUCGAUUAACUACACGGGCUCAACUGUUCAUGUUUUUUUUCUAUUCCUUUGAGCUUCAUUAAAAUGCCAGCUAUAAACAGUA